AUGGACAAGCUUCUCGGGAAAGUUGUCGACAAGGUGGUCGGCGACGACGACGAGCGUCCCCACGGCCUGCACCAGGGCGGUGGCAAUCUCACGCACGGCGGUUCCUACCCGGCCGGCGGUGGCUACGCCCACCCGGGCGACGACGACCUGCGCGGCGCGGCCUCGGUUGCCGCCAAGGAAGCGCCGGAGGACGAGGACUUUUUCGCCAACGCCAUCGCCAAGUUGCUGGACAACAAGAAGCACGAGUCUGACGACGAUAUCGAUGAGCAGGGCGCCGUCGAAUCCCACCGUCAGUUCUUCGGCUUUGGCGACUCCUCCUCCUCCUCCUCCUCCUCCUCCCACAACCAGCCCGCCUCGACCUCGUCCCUCGGCAGCGCCGCCGCCGUGCAGGCCCUCAAGCUCUUCACCUCCUCCUCCUCCUCCUCCUCGUCGUCGGAGCCGCAGCAUGGGCAGAGCCAGAACGCCUUCGUCGGCCUGGCCAUGGCGCAGGCCGCCAAGCUGUUCGACGCCCAGGCGGCCCAGGGCAAGGUCGAGCCCGGCGCGGACAAGCAGAGCGUCGUCAUGAAGGCCGGCGAGCUGGCGCUCAAGAUGUACCUCAAGAGCCACGGGGGCGCUCAGCAGCAGGAGGGCGGCGGCGGUGCUGCUGCUGCUGGGCUGUUGAACCUGGCGGGCAAGUUCCUGAAAUGA